CACCAAACGUGCUGAUAACAUAUACAAUUUGUCGACGUUAAUAUUAUGUUAUUACUGUCCAAUAGUAUAAUUUUAUAAAUGGUUCAAUGGUUGUAACUUGUAGUCGUUGUAGUGCAGUGGACUAUAAUUGUACCGGUAAUGUCAACGUUUAACGGUCGUCAGUUAUAAAUUGCAAGUGGGAUUAAUGUGUUUGCAGCAACGCGUAUUUCGUUCAUCCUAGUGCAACUAAAACCAUGUACUUUCCGUUAGGCUGGCCAAAAGUUUUGGCUUCAGCGCACGCUGCUGGCACCCUUGUCCAAGUGAUAUGCAACAGAGACAAAAUUCUAUUCGCUAUACUUUCCAUCGAGCGACUGGAAAUAUGGUUUUGCAAGCCAUGUGUGAAAAUCACCUCUUACACAAGAUCUCCACAAAGUCUUGAUGAAAUUGGUUUUAAUCGACGUGUAGAAUGGAGGCCAGAUUCCAGUAUGUUAGUCAUAGUGACUACAAAAGGUUAUUUAAUAUUUUACAAUUUGAGCAUAAUUGGUGAUCCUGGAAGCUUAUAUCAUUUAGAAGAUUCACACAUCUCUAGUCUAAAAAGAGAAAAUGAUGAGCUAUUUGUAAAGGAGACCAUACCAUCUUUACAUAUUAAACAAGAUCAAAUUGCUUGUGUUGAUGGUAGUGUUGAAUGUAUGGCUUGUAUUCGUGAUGAAUUAAUGGUGUCUACUUGUAAAGGACAUGUAUUGCGAUAUCACUGGAAUGGUUCCAUCAAUCGAGAUUACUGUUUGGAUCUCCGUAGAACACCAUUUUCUAUUGAUCUACAUGUUUCUAAUGCUGCACCAUUAACUACAAAAGACACUUUUAUUGUUGAUAUGGAAUACUCACCAUUAGUUGGAGGUUUUGGAAUUAUUUUGAAUGAUGGUCGUGCAGCACUACUUACAGCUUCAUCUUUAAAAUUUGACCCUAAUCAAGUUCAAGGCAUUUGGGCUCCUAGUAUUGAUACUGCUACAUGUACAAGCUUGAAUCACAAGUAUAGAUUGAUUGCAUAUGGACUAAAAAAUUCCCAGGGCAUAGUAUUUGGUCUUGAUGAACGUACUGGUGGAUUACAGCUAUCUCACAACCUUGUGAUUCCUAGUCAAGUAUGGCCAGGUGGAGGAUUAGGUUCUGUGAGAUGUACUCGAUGGACACCUGAUGGCUGUGCUUUAGUAAUGGCUUGGGAGAAUGGUGGCUUCGCUGUAUGGAGUACUUUUGGAGCUCUGUUAGUUUGUUCAUUGGCAUGGAAUUUCAGUGUAAACAUUGAUUUGAGCUCUAGAAAUCCACUCAAUAUUAUUUCUAUGGAAUGGUGUAUUGAAGGCUAUCAAUUAUGGAUGAUUAAUGGAGCCUCUAAAGAUACACAUGAUGAUACAGUACUACAAAUGUCAUUUUUAAAAAGCGCUCUUGCUGUCAAUCCAACAAUGAGCCAUCGUCCACAUUUGUAUCUCCAAGGUGAAGAUAAAUUGUAUCUGAAUGUAACAUCAGGUUUAACCAAAGUGUAUAAAAUGACUCAAUCCAAUAACAAAACUAAAGACCAAUUAACCAUCACCAGUGCUUUAGUUGAAAAUAAACAAUGGAUAAUUGUUUAUGCACCUUCUCCAUAUUUGGGAACCAAUUGGCCAAUUAGAACAUCUUGUAUAGAUGAUGAUGGAAAACACAUAGCAAUUGCAGGGCGUUGUGGUAUUGCUCAUUAUUCUUUAAUUACCCAUCGCUGGAAAUUAUUUGGCAAUGAAAUACAAGAAAAAGAUAUGAUAGUAACUGGUGGAGUCUUAUGGUGGCGAUGCUAUAUUAUAUGUGGAUGUUACAGCGUGCCCGUUGAUGAACAUCAAGUGCGAAUAUAUAAUGGAGAUUCUAGAUUAUCCAAUGAUAAUAUGAUUUCGUACCAAUUAACUGGACAAGCUUUAUUACUUGAUUGUUUGGGAAACCGGUUAGCUGUUUUUUGUUCUGAUGGAAUUGUUAAUUUAUUUAACAUUGAGCUUUCACCUAAUCACAAUAUGGCUAUAUUGGAUAGAGUACAGACUAUUGAUAUGUCAGCUUUAUGUAUACAUCCUACUUGUGUGGUUUCUGUUUUACUUACAACUUUACGUAUUGAACCAAAAAUUAAAGGUUCUACUGUAAGAGAUAAUUUUUUACUCAAUAUUAAUGGGAAUUUGCUGUUAGUAAAUCAGCAAAGCUGUGAUGAUCAGUCACAAGUUAUUCCAUCUCCAAUUUUAUUGGCAUCUUGUGUUGAGAAUGCUUGGGUUUCAAGCCAAUAUCGCCGUGAUAAGCCUCAUCUGACUGAAGCCCUUUGGUUAUUUUGUGGUGCUCAUGGAAUGAGAGUUUGGCUUCCAUUGUUUCCAAAAAAUGGGGAUAAGUCACACACUUUUAUGUCAAAAAGAAUUAUGUUGCCAUUUCAACUUAAAAUUUAUCCAUUAGCCAUACUUUUUGAAGAUGCUAUUUUAUUGGGUGCAGAAAAUGAUACAUUACUGUACACAUCAGAUACUACUACUGUUUUUUCUUUGCCAUUCUGUCAAGUAGAAAGAACGAGCCAGGUAUAUUUACAUCAAAUUUUGAGACAAUUGAUACGACGUAAUUUGGGUUUCCAUGCUUGGGAAGUCGCUAGGUGUUGUACAAAUUUACCAUAUUUUUCUCAUUCUUUGGAACUCUUGUUGCAUGAGGUUCUAGAAGAAGAAGCUACCAGCAAAGAACCUAUACCAGAUGCUCAGUUACCUAGUGUUAUAGAAUUUAUACAGGAAUUUCCAAAUCUGUAUUUAGAAACUGUGGUUCAAUGUGCUCGUAAAACAGAAAUUGCAUUAUGGCCUUAUUUAUUUUCUGCAGCCGGUAAACCUAAAGAUCUUUUUCAAGAAUGUCUUAAACGACAAAAUUUAAAUACUGCUGCUUCAUAUCUUAUAAUACUCCAGAAUUUAGAAUCAUCUUCAGUCAGUUGUAAAUAUGCUACUUUGUUAUUGGAUUCAGCCUUAGAUAGUUGCCAAUGGGAUUUAUCUAAAGACCUUGUCAGAUUUUUGAAAGCAAUUGAUCCAAAUGAUGCAGAUUCCCCAAGAACAUCGUGUAUUUUUCCUGCAAAAUACAGUAUGAUGGGACAAGCAAGCACAGUUAAUCCAAAUGAGGAAGACUUAUCAUUUUUAAUGGGAAACAUACAAGUGAGAGGACGAAGUAUUAGUACCAGCACUACACCUAAAAUAGAUAUGAAUUCUACUUUUGUAAGAACUGAUAGUAGAACAGAGCAUAAUAGUUCACAAAGAAAAAGAUCUGUACUUUCAAAUGGAAAAUCAGAAAAUGGAAAGGAUAUGGUCACUUGUAAUUCUAUUCUUGAAGAAUUUUUCACUGAUACAAUUCUUCAAAAACAUGCUGCUAAAUUAUUAUUUAAUUAUAAGCUAAGAGCACUUGGAUAUUUUGCUGCUCGAUUAGACUUUCAUUUAGUUGAAUGGUUAGCAAAAGAACGUAAUGGAGCAGCUAGGAUUGAUAACUAUAUUGUGGCCUUGCGAAGUCUUUAUACUGAUUUUUCCAUAACAAGACCAUUAACUCCUAUCCAGAAACGUUCUCCACCACCAUCCGGUAUGUUGUUUAAUAUAGACAAACCUAAAUGGGUAGAUGGAGGUAGUGCUGUUGGAGAUAGUGGCUAUAUGAGUUGUCAAGAUGUUCCUCAGAUUUCUUCUCAAUAUCCACAAGAUGGAUUUCUUACAGGAAUUGAUGAAGCUAGUACGGUUAGUGAAUCUGAAGAUGCUUUGUUGUGGAAUGAAGAAAGAACACAAGCUAAUAUUGACAACUGGAAUAUUAUUCCUAAUGCACAUAUGCUAGAACAACUUUCUAAUGAGCAUUUAUCACAAGACACUUCAAAAGCUGAAGUGCAACUUAGAUAUUUGCUGCAAUUAUUAUUUGAAGCUGGUUGUUUGGAAUGGAGCUUUAUUGUAUCAGUGUUUCUUCGUGAUGCAUUAGCUGUACAAAGGCUUAUAUCUAUUUCCCGGUCACCGGAACACAGUUAUGAAUCUAUAUCUAGAUUAAAACAAGCGUUUAUUUUAUUAUAUCAAUGGAGCUGCAAUGAAUGUUUUGGCUAUCGACCAUUUAUGUCUACAUGCCAAGCUCAAUUGGGUGUAUUAAAUCGAAUCAUAGCAUCUAAACAGCCAGCUCCUACUGUAACUCCACAAGCAUCGUCGUCUUCACUGACCAGUGUUCUUACACAAUCAUCUAGAUCACGAUCAGCAAGUGAAGGUACCGGUGGUAGUCAUACUACGUCAGAAAUAACUGAUCAUAGUUUACAAACAGAUUGUCAUCCAGCUAUUGCACUAGAUUCUAGCUGUGAUGAAACUCCAGACAAUACACCUAAUUUUGAUACAACAUCUGUUGUAAGCUUGCAAUCACCUAAUAGCUGUUCACUAUCUUAAUGACAAAAUAUCAUUUAGAAAGACAUAAGUAAAUAAAAAUACAUUUGUUAUUAUUUUAUUUGUUUAUUAUUUUUGUAGGCCGUCAAUUAGUAGACCUUAUGAAAAUAAAUGUUAUUUUCAUAUAGUUAUGUGUUGUAGUAUAACAAUACAUUUUAAAUGUACAAUAUAAUUCCAAAUUGUUUGCCAUGGAAUAUCGACUGAAUUAAAUAUUUAAAAAAAAACAUUCAUUUAAGUGCCUACUAAUUGAAAAAGCCAAAAAUAUAAUAAAAAUAAUUUUUUAUCUUGUCAUGUUAUUAUUUUAACACAUUUGUGAUAUACUGUUAUUUAUUAUUAAUUGAUAUAUGAUAUUAUUUAUCCAUUAUUGUUAAUCAAAGAAUUAUUUUUAUUGAUUUUUUUUUUUUAUAUAACAACAUUCUCAAUGUAUUGAUAAAUAUUGUUUAUUUCGUACAGUGUACAAAUCUUGAUAAUAGCAUUGAAGAAUACUCAUUAAGUAUGUUACUUACAAAUUUCAAUUUUUUUUAUACCUUCAAAUAUUAUAAUAAUAUUUAAUUUUGACAAUAUUAUUAACUAAGUAUGAUCAGUAAGUUAUUGUAUUUGGAUACUUAGUACCUACUACUUAUGUAGUUAUAUGUUUCAAAGUUAAAAACAAUUUAUAAUUAAGUAUAAUAUUAUACUUUUUGAUUAUUGUAUCAAUUAGUUUACAAAAUUGUUUUCUAAUGGAGUAUAUACUAGUAAAUUAAGAGUCAAAUAAUAAAAUGGAUAAAACUGAUAAAUAUAAAAGAAGUAAUUUACUAAGUUAGUUUUAUCUGGUAAUUCAUUGAAAAUUCAGAUUAAGAUUUAAUUAAUGAUCUUUUGAAAUUUGUAAUUAUAGUUAAUGUAUACAGUCUCUGUUUUUGGGAAUUUGGUUUUUAACAUUAAAUAAUAAUCCAUGAUAACAUCAUUGAUCUGGUAAACAAGGGCAAAUAUUCAAAAUAUAGUCAUUAUGGAAGUUGACAAUACAAUGACAGAAUUAAAGAAAAGGAUUGCAAGUCUAUUUCUGCAAAAACUUGAAAUAGAAAUUAUUGUGAUCAAUCAUUUUAACUCAUUUUUGUAUUUUAUCAUGAUGUAAAGCUAAAUACCUAAUUUAAAUUUUAAACAAGUCAACUUAAAUGUUUAUUAACAAUAAUUUGUUAUAUAAAACAAAAUAUAUUAUUAAAAAAAUUAAAAAAUUUUAGGUAUCAUUCUUAACAAAAUUAAUUCAUAAUGCAAGUAGCAUACUUAACGAGUGCCUAAUGAAGGAAUAUUCAGUGCUUUACUAUUUAUAAAAAUACAGUAGAGUGUAUAUUAUCCACAAUAAUUGUAGCCGCGAGGAAUGAAAAUAAUCAAUUUGUGCAGAUAAACAAUGAUUAAAAAUAUAAAAUGAACAUGAAGAUAAUUAAUCACUCUACUGUAUAAUAGAUUAAUAACAAAUAAUGUAUUUAAAAUGUAAUUGUAUUAUUUACUCUAUUAACCUUACAAUACUAUAGAAUAUAAUUUCCUUAGUUUAAUUAAAAAAAUUUUAUGUUUAACUUUUGUGCCACGAUUAUGAAAUGAUUAAUACAUUUAAUUUUACUAUAUUGUAUAAAUCUUCAAAAUAUAUUAUUUUGGUGAUGCUUACUUAAAAAUAAGAAUUAAAUCAACUAAUGAUAAUCAUAUAUUUUAAUUUUGUACUAAAAUUAUGACCUAUAAGUAACUUUGAGUAACUUAGUAUUUUGAAGAUUGAAUUUUGUGUAGCUAUUGUGUAGAAUAAGAAUAAGUACUUAUUUAUAUGUAGUCAAUUUGAAAGGAAAAAAGAAAAUUAGUAUUAUUAAACUCAAAUUGUAUAAAACUUAAGCAAAUAUGCCUUUUGUACAAUCUGAUUAAAAGCUCACAUAGGCUGUGUUAUUGAUUAAUACAUUUUGCUUCUUACAUAUUUUUUACUUUGAUUAUGUUGUAUAUUAGUAAGCUAUAAUCAAAUAUUUGUAUGUGUCAUACAAGGUGCUCAAUGUAUUUUAGGGUUGUUAGUUAUUAUAAUAUUCUUUCUUUUUUCAUUGAAUUAUUAUUUAUUUGUUUGCAGUCAUACAUGAUUUCUUAAAAAUACUAAAAAAAAAAGUGUAAUUAAAUAUUAUGAUUGUUUAAAUUAAAAUUAUUUAUUUAUUUCUAUUAGUUAUUUGUUGUAGCAAUUGUAUUGUUAUUACUUUAAUAAAAUAUACAUAUUAAGUUAUUAUUUAUUUAUAAAAUAUUAUACUAGACUUAUGUAAUUUUUUUAUUUUUACUUUAUUAUUCAUAUUUUUAUUUAGUGUAUAUUACUUUGAUUAUUGUUGAUUUUACUUAGAUGACAAAUAUUCUAUAAUCAAACAGCAUUAACAAAAAUAAAUUAUAUUACUUAUUUAAUGUUUAGAAUCAAUGUUUUUCUAUAGAAAAUAUUAUGGUUAUGUGAUGUCAUACUAACAUUUUAUAUUUUUAUAAAGUAAUUUAAAAUAUAGCACGGGCUACCAGGUCAGUUAAAAAUGGUACGUGGUACGCCAGUUGCCCAUCCCCGUUAUAGACUAACAGAAUGAAAAAUCGUUUUUUUGUAUGCCAAUAUGCCAUGAUUUAUCAUUAAAUUCAAAUUUAAUGUAAUAUAUAAAAAUGUCUUAUUUAAUGACAAAGAAUGCUUGA